AUGCCAGGCAAACACAUUGCUGGUGCCUCUGACGAGCCUUGCAGACGAUGCAAAGACCCUUCAGUUCUUGUUGUGCGCUCCGAGCCGCUUUGCCAUGACUGCUUCGCCCGCUACGUGCAUACAAAGUGCAUCAAGCGCUUGGAAUCGUUUCGCGUUAAUUUUGGAGCAGAGCAGCAACGUAAGAUCCUAGUACCCCUGUCCUUUGGGGUCUCUUCUACCACUCUCCUCCACGUACUGGACCUGCAUCUCAAGACGCAAAAGAGCAAGACUGGUCGUACCGGAUUUGAAAUUAGUGCAAUAUAUAUCGAGGAUCCAGAUCAGAAAGUACAAGCUCCGCAGCUACUCGAUAAGGCUCGCGAGCAAUAUCCGGACCAUCAGUACGCCUCACUGCCGCUGCACGAUGUAUUUCGCCUGGUCCCAGAAGAUGCCUCGAUACGCUCCUUGGUGCCGCAGGACGACCAAAAGGCAGACUUGAGUCCCGAAGAGCAGUUCGUUCACAUGAUCAAUUCUCUCACCUCGGCUACGGCUCGUGCGGACGUGCUCUCUACCCUGAGAACACGGCUGAUCGUAGAGCACGCGAAGUUGGCCGGGUGCGAAAGUAUUCUCUGGGGAGAUAGCACGACCAGGCUCGCUCAAAAGACUCUUGCCGAAACUGCCAAAGGCCGAGGGUUUUCUCUGCCAUGGCAAGUCUCAGACGGAAUGUCGCCCUUUGGUCUCAACUUCCACUACCCACUUCGAGAUGUCUUGAAGAAAGAGCUAGUGUCAUAUACUAAAAUGGCGGAACCCGGACUAUCAGAACUAGUACACGAAACAUCAACAGGCGCUACCCAAGCGUCGACAAGCUCCAAGAAUACUACCAUAGACGACCUCAUGACGCAGUACUUCGAAUCCGUCGAAGAAAACUUCCCAAGCAUCGUUGCAAAUGUGGUACGUACGACAAGCAAGCUCGAAGCUCGCCCCGAUGCUCUCUCAGAUCCGCAAUGCAGCCUGUGCAGCAUGCCUGUAUCUGGCGGCCGCUUUGGCAUACACGGCUGGGGUGGCGAUCAGCAGGAUGGCGAUGACUUCGAAUCCACAAAUAACAGAAGGGAUAUUUGCUAUGGCUGCACAAGGUCACUGCCCAAAGCCACGGUGAACGCCACGGGAUCAUGA